GUUGUUAACAGAUAGCUCCUGUGGUGUUUCCUGUCGUCUGUUUCGAGUUGUUCUUUUCUUUCCUGGAGGAGAUGGAUCCAAACUGUUCUUGCUCUAGCGGUGGCUCCUGCACGUGCGCCGGCUCCUGUAAAUGCAAGGAGUGCAAAUGCACCUCCUGCAAGAAGAGCUGCUGUUCCUGCUGCCCCGUGGGCUGUGCCAAGUGUGCCCAGGGCUGCGUAUGCAAAGGGGCGUCGGACAAGUGCAGCUGCUGUGCCUGAUCUUGGGGAGCCUGUUCCUGAUGUAAAUAGAUCCACAUGUACAAGUCUACAGUUUAAAGACUUCUUUUUCAUACUACCUGACCUGUUUGCUACAUUCCUGUUUCUAUGAAAUACAUGAGUUACAAUAAAAAGUUAAAUUU